AUGACAAAAACAUUCUCUCUUUUCAUGAAUAGAAUAAUAUGCCGUGAGAAAACAGUAUUAUCACUCCCCCAUACUUUUGUCAAAACACAUGAACGUAUGCCUAUAUUUAACUGCAUAAACAGAGGGAGGACAUUUGGGACAUAUGGAGCAGUGACAAGGAAAAGGCAAAAACAGAGGGAAAAAUUUUAUGAAGAAAAAUAUAAACAUAACCCUAACAACAUACCUAAAUUCUCAAAAGUAAAAAAGGGAAGUAGAGGAGGGUGGAUAAAUAACCCCCUAAAGGAAGUUACCAAAAACAAUGGUAAGAAUUUUGUAUACGAACAAAAGGUAGAAGAAGAGAUAAGUUCAGAAGAAAGGGAAUGCAUUAAUAGUCUUAUAGAAAUUCGUAAACAAAUAGCAAACAGGGAAAUUUAUUCUUGUAAUAUGGGAAAGAAAGAUGAGAGGGAGCAGCAGGAGCAGCAGCAGGGGAGAAACUACCAAGACAUUUCAAAAAAUAUAAACCUUUUUUCCAUAUGUGAAAAUUUUAUCGAUAAAAAAAAAGAAAUAAUUAACAAAAUUGAAAACCCACAAUAUUUUGUCGACACACAUAUAAAAAAGUUGGUUAACGAAUAUAGUAACAUAAACCAUUUGCACGAUAAUACUAAUGUAACUACAUACCCGAAGGUACCAGCAUAUUUGAAAGAUCUCCAUAAGAAGAAGAGAAAUACCUCAAGGGUGAACACCCUCGAUAAGUGUAAAAUUGUACGGGAAGAGUUAGGAACUGAUGCUAACAUCCUUUACACGAAGGGAGAGAAUCAAAUGGAUGAUUCCCAACAAAAAGGUGGAAGAAUGAAAGAACAACAAAUGAUAGAUGAAUCAGAUAGUGUUAUUACACAGACACGGAAAAGGAACAUGGAUGAUAAAAUAUUACAAAAAAUAUUGUUAGAUGGAAAGAGCUGCAUUUCGAGGGAAGAUAUUGGCACACAUGGUGAUGACAAUGGGAACGACAAGGGACAAGAGGAAAUAAAAAACGAAAAUGUAAAAGUAAAUAAAAAAUUAGACAUUGUUCCCCCUUCUAACUAUUUACAUGGCAUAAAUGACACAGCAGAUCUUGGUAAAGUAGAAAACGACACAGAGGAUCAAAUUUUGAAAAAGAUGUACAUUGAGGACAUUUUAAAUUACGUAGAUGAAGGAGAAGAGUUAGACAUAAGUUGCUUAGAUACCUUCACGACAUUGAACACAGCAGAUAGAAAUAGAAAGCUGGGAUCCCUUUUUAGCAGUCAUGGGGCUUCGUUCAUAUUAUAUAAUAAUUGUAUAAUUCCAUCAAAGUUCUCCACAGGAACAAUGAGCGAAUAUUUUCACACAAGAAAUGGUUGUAGUUUAUUUGAUAAAUCAUACCAAUUAAUAAUAAAAUUGACGGGGAAGGAUUGUGUUUAUAUAUGUAACCAUUUCAUUUCUAGUGAUAUAUAUGAUAUGAGUAAUUACGACAUCUGUUACACUUGUAUACUGGAUAACAAAUCUUAUAUAUUAGACACGGCUUAUGUGCUAAAAUUGGAAAAUGAAAUAAUAUUAGUUAGUUCAGGAUUUUAUAAAAAGGGGGUGUACGAAUUUUUAAGUGACUAUAUUUUAUUUUGCAAAGACAGUGGUAUGGAUGUUCAUAUUCAAGUUGAAACUAACAAGCGGGUGUUAUCUUUACAAGGGCCGCUGAGUAGCCUAGUUUUUAAUGACAUAUUGGAUUAUUAUAAUAUAACAAAUAUGGAGAAAGAUGAUAACAACAGAGCAAUAAGGUACUUAAAAAAUGUUAUAAAAAUGGAUAGAGAAUAUGAAGUUAGGGGGUCCUUGUACUUUAAACGAGAAGAACAGGAGAGUAAGGAAUUUUUUAAAAUACCAUAUAUGAGUUUCAAAAAAUUGAAUAUGGAAAAUAAAGUAAAUAAUAUAAAAACUGUCACAAGUAGAAACUCUCAAGACGAAUUGAAUCAAUAUGAAAUUCUUUGCAUCCAUUGUGGAGAUACAGGAGAAGAUGGAUAUGAAUUCAUUGUAGAUAAUAACAUAAGUGAUAAUUAUGUUGAAUUAUUUCUAAGUCAUGUAAAAGUAAAAUUAGCUGGUGCAUAUGCGUUAAAUAUGUUGAGAAUGGAAUCUGGAUUCCCCAUUUAUGGCAUUGAUAUUUUUAAAAAUACUACCCCUAUUAGUGCUUCCCUAGCUUGGACAUUAAAAUAUAAAAAAAUUAAAGAAAAAACUAUUUUUGGAUAUCAAAACCUUUUGAAGGAAUAUAGUAUAAAACCUAAAUUCUUACGUAUUGGUAUUAUAUGUAAUGAAUUAAUUUUUAAGACUUGCAAAAUAUUAUCUUAUCCUUAUAAGCAACCCAUUGGAUACGUAACCUCCUGCACUUGGAGCCCAGUCUACAAAAAGCGAAUUGCGCAGGGUUACAUCAAAAGAGAGUUUGCGAAAAAUAACGAAAAAGUUCUUAUAUCCAUACCUACUGAUAUACCUCAGGAAUUUUCAAAAAAAAAAAAAUAUAAAAUAAUGAGGAGUAGAUCAGCCCACAAGUUUACUCUCGCCCAGGUGUGUGCAUUUCCAUUUGUGGAGCACAAAUAUUGA